CUUUUAUUAUUAAAAUUAUUAAUAUAUUAAAACUUAUUUUCUUUUAUUUAAUUAAAUAAAAAUAUAUUAAAUAUAUAAGUUUAGUAUUAUCAUUUUGGUGGCGCAUGUUCGCGCUUACACGAAGCGCGUGUGGGCGAGGCCAAACGGUUACAGGUGGCGGGGUACGAGUUCGGUGUGACCGGUGCGAAGCAAGACGAUGCGCUCCUCAAUGUCGUUGCGCGCUUGAUCGUAUUCAUGCACCAAUGGCUAAUGAGUUCUGGAGCCUGUUUGGGGAGGGUAAAUAGUUCUCACUGCUUACUCAUGGAUGCAAUUGAUGAUAGCUGGGAGAAUAACAUAGAUUGGACCACUGAUGAUGAGCUUGAGGUAUUUGAUAUGCCAUCGCAAGAUUCUUUGAGACUAACAAAUACUAAACAAGAGAGUGUUAAAUCUUCUUUGAAGGAAAACACUCGUAUGAUAAAGAAGGACGAGACAUUGUCAAUGCUUGUGGAUAUGGGAUACGCAAUAGAAGAGGCUUUGAUAGCUAUGGAUCAAUGUGGCAUCAAUACCCAAAUGAGUGAGCUGAUAGAUUUUAUUUGCGCUGCUCGUGUGGGAAAGGAAACUGAUUCCAACUUCAACAUUCGCAUAAACAUAAACCCAACGCCGUUGUCCAUACAUUCGAAAAGGCAACAUACUCCUUUCAUAAUAUGCGGGGCAAGUGAAAAGGCUGUAGUGGUUGAUGCGGAGGAUGAAAUUUCUUAUAUGCUUGAGAAGGAUGAGACAUUGUCGACGCUUGUGGAUAUGGGAUUCACAAUGGAAGAGGCUUUGAUAGCUUUGGAUAAGCAUGGCCUUGAAGCUGAAAUCAGUGAACUGACAGAUUUCAUUUGCGCUGCUAGAUUAGAAAAGGAAAUUGAUUCCCAGCUUCAAAAUUCAUGCAAUGAAAAACACAAUGGAGCCAUUCAUGCCCUUGAAAAGUCAAGAUAUACCUAUAGUUACACAACUAAGAGAAUGAAACUUGGCAAUGAAAAAUGGAAAAGUAGAAUAUGCAGGGCAAGUGAGAAGAAGGCAGCAACGAUUGAUAAGGAGGAGGUGAUGCAUCUUCCUAAUCCCAUGAUAGGAUUCAGUACACCCAAUGAAUUUUGUACCAUUGUAGAGCGCAAGCUCCCAGAGAUAGUUGAUGGUCCACCCUACUUCUAUUAUGAGAAUGUUGCUAUCACUCCUAAAGGAGUUUGGAGUAAGAUAUCACGUUUCUUAUACGAAAUUGAGCCAGAAUUUGUUGACUCCAAGUUCUUCUGCGCUGCAGCAAGGAAAAGAGGAUAUAUCCAUAAUCUUCCCAUUCACAACCGUUACCCUCUUGCUCCUUCCCAGCCACUCAAUAUUGCAGAAGCUUUACCUUCAACCAGCAAGUGGUGGCCUUCGUGGGACAAAAGAACAAAACUUAAUUGCCUUCAAACCUGCAUAGCUAGUGCCAAACUCACAGAGAGAAUAAGGAAAAAGCUUGAGCAGAGCGAUGGCGAGCCUCCUCAAGAUGUCCAAGUGGAUGUACUUCAACAAUGUAAAAAAUGGAACUUGGUUUGGGUGGGAAAAAACAAGUUGGCGCCUCUUGAACCUGACGAAUUGGAGUUGCUGAUGGGAUUUCCAAGGCAUCACACUAGAGGUGGUGGAAUCAACAGAACAGAUAGAUACAAAGCGCUUGGCAAUGCAUUUCAGGUUGAUACAGUUGCCUACCAUCUUUCAGUGUUGAAGGAUCGUUUUCCAAAUGGCAUGAAUGUUUUGUCCCUCUUCUCUGGCAUUGGUGGUGCUGAGGUUGCUCUGCAUCGGCUUGGGAUUACCCUUAAAAAUGUGGUAUCCGUGGAGAUAUCUGAAGUAAAUAGAAACAUUAUUCAUAGUUGGUGGGAACAGACCAACCAAACAGGAAAUCUGAUUGAGUUUGAAGAUGUGCAAGAAGUGAGUGCAGAUAAGUUGGAGAGCUGGAUGGCUUCUUUUGGUGGGUUUGACCUGGUCAUUGGUGGGAGCCCCUGCAAUAACCUCACAGGCGCUAACAGAGUGAGUAGAAUUGGACUUGAGGGCAAGGAUUCCUCGCUCUUUUAUGAAUACUUUCGCAUUCUAGACCAACUCAAGACAAUAACAAGAGCCAAUGGCUCAGGUCUAUAAUGGCACCACGUGGUUCCACAAAUCCUCUCUUGAUAAGAGGUCACAAGCUCUAACCUUUGUAGUGCAAACUGCGGGUGUGUUUAAAUUGUAUCUUUUAUAUAUAUAUAUAUAUAUAUAUAUAUUAAGACAAAGAUUAAGAAACAUACAGACCAGAGGUUUCUAUAAGUUUGAAGGAACAUUGACAUGAAAACAUUUUGUAGGGCAGGUUUAUAGCAUUCCUCUUAGACCAAGAUUUUCGGUUUAAAAUUGUCUCUAAUCAAGGAAAAAUACGGAUAAGAGGUUUCUAUAAGUUUGAAGGAACAUUGACAUGAAAACAUUUUGUAGGAAAGGUAUUUAGCAUUUCCCUUGGACCAAGAUUUUUCGUUUUGAGGACAUUUUGUUUGGAACAAGACUUGGUGGUUUACAUACUUAUCGUCUAAA